CCGGAAACCAGGGCGCCCUCUUCCGCCACCAGCCGGAAAUGUCCUAAGAGUGGAGGCUGAGGGGCUUCCGGUGGUUCUGCAGGAUAACCGGGGCUCACCAUGGCGGCCUCCUUAGCCGGAAAGAAGAUCGUGUUUGUCACAGGGAACUCCAAAAAGCUGGAGGAGGUCAUUCAAAUUCUAGGAGAUAAGUUUCCAUGCACUUUGGUGGCACAGAAAAUUGACUUGCCGGAGUACCAGGGAGAGCCAGAUGAGAUUUCCAUACAGAAGUGUCAGGAGGCGGCUCGCCAGGUACCUACCCUGCCCUUGUCCCACAUUGACAUAUCUGUCUGCUCCCAGUGUCUGACUUCCUUGUAUUUCUCUUGCAGAAAGUGGUUUCUUGAGAAGUUAAAGCCUGAAGGUCUCUACCAGCUCCUUGCCGGCUUCCAGGACAAGUCAGCCUACGCACUUUGCACAUUUGCACUCAGCACUGGGGACCCGAGUGAACCUGUGCGCCUAUUUAGGGGCCGGACCUUGGGCCAGAUUGUGAUGCCACGAGGCUGCCGGGACUUUGGCUGGGACCCCUGCUUUCAGCCUGAUGGAUACAAGCAGACGUAUGCAGAGAUGCCCAAGGCUGAGAAGAACGCCAUCUCCCAUCGCUUCAGGGCGCUGCUGGAGCUGCAGGAGUACUUUGGCAGCUUGACUUCCCCUGAGGCUGGGGAAGGGGGAGGCCACCUGGACAAGGGAUUUGGGGAGGGCUAGUCUGAGACCUCCCCCAUCAGACAGGCACCCCUCAAGUACUUCCUUCAGGUUUGCCCCUUGCUGCGAAUGUCAAGGCAGCCUCACCAGCCCUGUCUGAAGAGCAGCUGGCUCUGCUUAGAGGAAGUUGACACCAUCCUCUUGCCCUCAAGGAUUCAAUGAUCUCCCUACAGCUUCCAGGCCUGAGGACCUGAAGAGAGCUUGGGUAUUAAAACUGGCCUGGCAGGAUUGAGGGUUUGGGGAAUAACCAUACAAACAGUCUUAGAUGUUUUUAAAGUGAAGCAAAUAAAAUUUCUGAAUGGCUCAUGUUUCUAAAAUAAA